GUCAACUGCAGGUAAAUUAACACCACCGUACUGUGCAAUGACAGUGGCAGUACUACCUAUAACGGCAAGGACAAGCAAAUAAUGGGUGACAGCAGGAGUAGUAAUGGUCUCCACCAGAAGGGGGCGCAGUCAGAUGUGCAGCUCUUUGACAGGUACUUCGAUGAGCUGGUGUCUGAGUUAACAGAGCGGGACUUCACCGACCCAGUCCUCAGUGAUGCCCUCAACAGACUCAGAGAGGUGCUACGCUACAAUGCUCUAGGUGGGAAGAGAAACCGUGGUCUUUCUGUGAUUGGCUCCUUGAGGGAGCUUGUCCCGCCUUCCAAGCUGUCAGGCGAUGAAGUAGAGCGCGCCCUGCUGGUUGGAUGGUGCAUUGAACUGCUUCAAGCAUUUUUCUUGGUUGCUGAUGAUAUUAUGGAUGCGUCGUUGACUCGUAGGGGACAACCUUGCUGGUACAAACGGGAGGGAAUAGGUCUGGAUGCCAUUAACGACGCUUUCCUUCUGGAGGGAGCGAUCUACCGUCUCCUGCGCAGACACUGCCGAGAGCAGACGUACUACGUUCAUCUACUGGAGCUCUUUACUGAGACAUCUUUCCAAACCGAACUGGGCCAGACCUUGGACCUGAUAACCGCCCCACCCCACAAAGUCGACCUCAAUCGUUUCACCAUGGAGAGGUAUAAGGCCAUCGUGAAAUACAAGACUGCCUUCUACUCAUUCUAUCUGCCUGUCGCUGCAGCCAUGUACAUGGCAGGAAUUGAGAAUGAAACAGAGCACAACAACGCUAAAACAAUCUUACUGGAGAUGGGAGAGUUUUUCCAAAUUCAGGACGAUUAUUUGGAUUGCUAUGGUGACCCCGCGGUCACAGGAAAGAUCGGCACUGAUAUUCAGGACAACAAAUGCAGCUGGUUGGUGGUGACGGCUCUCGGGGUUAUGACCCCUGAACAGAGGGCGGAGCUAGAGUCCUGUUAUGGGCGUAGCGACGCGGAGAGCGUGGAGCGGGUCAAGGCGCUGUACGACGCGCUGGACAUGCCCAUGCGUUACCACCAGCACGAGGAAGAGAGUUACGCGCGCCUGCAGAAGCUAAUCCAGCGCCACGCGCAAAACCUUCCCCACGCCGUUUUCCUCAACUUCGCCAAGAAGAUCUACAAGAGAAACAAGUGAGGGAGAGAAGUCAACCUCGCGGCACGCGGAGACCUCACACGUCACACAUGAGGCCCGAAAAUUUCAGUGAAGGACAGAUGCUAGUUUAAAAUAAUGGCAGCACACACACACACACACAAACAUAAAUAAAUAAAUAUAUAAGUAUGUAUGAUAUUGAUUAAAGAAAGCAAUGUACAUACUGUUAAAACAAUUUACCGCUGUAGAUAAAACAUAUCAAAAACUGUACAUUUUUGUAUGCCCUCAACACAGUAGAUCGAUGCAAAACGAAUGCAGAUGAGGAAUGAAUACUUGUGUGACACGCGUUUGAGCGUGCGUACACCCGGAACUGUCUGAGAGUUUCAGACGGAGUGUCAGUCAGAAAUGAAAAAUCACCGGAGAGAGAAAACAAGAGGGAAGAAUAAUAAUGUCUGUUGAUAUUUUUGUUAGCGUUACCCCUGCGAGCUCUUAAGUAGAGAUUUGUGAAUAUAUUUUUAAGUUUGAAAAAAAAAAAGAACUCAUUUCUUUUGCAAGAGGAUCCGUCAGUGUCGAAAUAUGUACCUUUAUCCUUCGGCGUCGACGAAACGGGCCAGAGUGCGCGACGCUAUGAUUCGACCGCUGACCGCGAAGAGCAGCUCGUGCUUCGUUACUCCACACACUGAGAAAACGCCAGAAAUACGAACUGUUGGGCGAAAACUCCACGUGAGAAUUAAAACAGUCCUUUAAAGGGCAGCCGACAGCUGGCCAUAAAAACAGACACAGUUAUGUGUGUGUGUUUUUUUUAAUGAUGUAAUUGCAGGCACAUAAUGGAUGGUACUGUGUAUGGAUGCAGGCAAACGCCUUAAUCAUGUCUGUGGAUUUGAUUGGUCAAUUUCGUCUAAGCAGCCUGUUUUCCUGCUCAUGUAUGGUUGUCUGUAAGUGCCUCAGUCUACGCUGCUGUAAAGUCCAACUACUGUUCCGCUGACUGGGAUACUGUGUUUCCAUUAAAGAAAUGGGAUGAAUGAAA